AUGGGGACUGGUUUUGUCUGUGAAAUUCUUGUCAAAGACUAUAACUGUUUUACACUCUUACAUAUAAUUUCUCUCUACCAACAAUGACCGAAAUGAGGAGCCACAGUCGGACCAAAGUGGUAACACCGCAGCUUCACAAGGUCGUUAUGUUGGGCAGUGGUGCUGUGGGCAAGUCCGCCCUCACACUACAGUUCAUGUACAACGAAUAUGUCGAUGAGUACGAGCCCACCAAGGCGGAUAUCUAUAGGAAGACCAUUCAGCUGGAUGGUGAGGAAGCACAAAUCGAUAUACUGGAUACGGCCAGCCAGGAGGUCCAUGCCGUGAUCAGAGAUAGCUAUUUUCGCCGUGCCGAUGGUUUCCUCUGUGUCUUCUCGGUCACAAAUGAGAAAAGCUUUCAGGCUACCCAGGAAAUCAGAGAGCUCGUAUUGCUGCUGAAGAAGGAUGAGAGCGUACCAUUUCUGUUGGUUGGCAACAAAAGCGAUUUGAAGGAGGAGCGCAAGGUGCCGCUGAGCGAGUGCCAGGCGAUGGCUCAAAAGUGGCGCGUCCCCUAUGUGGAGACUUCGGCCAAGUUGCAUCACAAUGUGAAUCAAAUAUUUUUGGACUUAAUGCGCCAAAUAAUAUCACAUAAAUCAGAAAAUUCGAAUGCCACAAACGCAACAAGGAAAUGCAUGAAAAAGGGGCGGCAUAGAUGUGCCAUUUUUUAAAGAUUGAAGCUGGUUUUUUUGUGUAGUUUUAAUGUAUCGGUAUAACAUGAAUUUAAUUAUUUUUAGUUUGAAUUGUUUUCAAUAAAAUUUAGCAUGUGUUUCGUUUCACAUGCUCAUGUGGAAUCUGCAUACGAAG